AUGGCCCCAAACCCGGCGGUCACGGGUACCUUAUUUGCACCUGACCCUGGCCCGAGUCUCUUUCUUUGCUUUCUGCCUAUCUUCAACACUGCGAUAUCUGACAUUUCACUCCCUGCGAUCCACUUCGGAAAUACCAUGCAAACGUCAGAGAUAUGGCUUCCACUACAAAUGGGAGCAGCUCCUGUCGAGAUCACACCUGAGAGUAGUUGGUUUGCUAGCUUGGAGAGCAGGACUUCUUCCUCUCUCCGUCCUUCUUCAUCAAUAAUAACCUCAUAUUAUUGCUGCUUCCUUUCACUUGUCAAGAGCUCCCAACUUCCAAUUGCCAAGCCUCAGCUGAAUGUGCAGUACUCUGCGCCUGGUUGCUUACAGCAUCCCCAUACUGUCGAUCAACUUUGCGAGGACCAAAAGCACUUAAUUUUCUGCCAGGGUGUCACUAUCGCGAAGAUAUCAUCGGAAAUCGUCAAGUUUGGUGCUUUGGUCAAUAUUAUCGAGGCCAAGAAUAUGAUUUUUAUGGCGCAGAAUGCAGAGUUCCUGCGCACCAAGUCUUUACAUACUAUACGUAUGGAUCUAUUGAUUGGACUACGAUACUUACAUCUUCAUGGGUUUUAUUGCCGGUGA